AUCCAUCCAUUGUUUGAGACAGGGAUAUCACUCCAACAGUGUACGACUGCGAAUCAUACAAACUCAUCCAUUUACAGCUCCAGUCUUGAGUUCCAACUCAACCUCUUUCUUCUAAACUCAUCAACCACCACACACGCAACACCAAACAACACCAAACAACCUUCGCAAUGGCUCCUCGCGUUCCUCGUCUCCCCAAGGCCAGACCCACCGAGAUGUUCUGCAUCUCCGCCGCCGGCGUCGGUGUCCUCGCGCCGCUGUACAUGGCCAUGCCCGGUGCCGAAGAGAAGCUCGCCAAGCAGACCACCAAAUGGGCUCCUCGCUGGGAGCGCAACAUCAACUACUUCACCAACCCUGCCGAGCGCACCGCCCAGCGCAUCGAGCCUCCCAUCUCCAAGGUGGUCAAGAAGCUGGACGAGAAGCUGCCGCUGGAGAGAAUGGCCAAGGGCAUGGAGAGGGGCAUCCGCAAGUCGAUUGAUCGCUUCGGCGGCCCCAAGUCAGAAUAAGUCGCUGCUUGGCGGAUGUGCUUUGAUGUCUUUUUUUUUAAUUCGUAUGCCUAUAUGACCUUUUCUUUCUUUUGUUUCAUUGUCAUGGCUUCUUCUGGGCAUGGACAGACGGUUUCUGGAGACGGCUGGAGCCUAUGAAAUCAUGGGGCUCGCCAUGCGGCGUUGGUGACUUCACUUAUAUCUUUAGGUAUUUGAUAAAGAUGCCUGCAUGCACUUCGUUUCGAUUAGCGAAGCUGUAUAAACAAAUACAAAUAAAUUUGAAUCAUGCUC